CGAUUGGUUGGAGGGAGCCCGCGCAUCCGGUGCCUCCGCUCUAGCGUCCGGCUGGAAACACGCGGCGGAAGGGGUGGCGGGCGGCGUUCCCCCCCGGCCGCGGUGUGUGCCCUUGGCAGGGGCAGCGCUCGCCGUGGUCAUGGCGGCCUGGCCCGUUGUGCCGCUCCUCAUCAACCUCGGCGGGUCGCUGCUGGGCUUGGUGGCCACGCUGACACUGAUCCCGGCCUUCAAGGACCGCUUCCUCGCCGCGCGGCUCUACGGCGAAGACCUCAACAAGGCCUCGCGGCGGCCAGUCCCCGAAGCGCAGGGUGUGAUCAGCGGGGCCGUGUUCCUGAUCACCCUCUUCUGCUUCAUCCCCGUGCCCUUCCUGAGAUGCUUCAUGGAGGAGCAGUGCGCGGCCUUUCCUCACGACGAGUUUGUGGAGCUCAUCGGUUCGCUCCUCGCCAUCUGUUGCAUGAUUUUCCUGGGCUUUGCAGAUGACGUUCUGAACCUGCGCUGGCGCCACAAGCUCCUUCUUCCGACCAUGGCUUCCCUCCCGCUGCUCAUGGUUUACUUCACCAACUUUGGGAACACGACUAUUGUGGUGCCUAAGCCCUUCCGUGUGCUGCUGGGCAUGCACUUGGACCUGGGUAUCCUCUACUACGUGUACAUGGGCAUGCUAGCAGUGUUCUGCACCAACGCCAUCAACAUUCUCGCUGGAAUUAAUGGAAUUGAAGCGGGGCAGUCGCUAGUGAUAGCUGCUUCCAUUAUUGUGUUCAACAUUGUAGAGUUAAAUGGGGAUUACCGAGAUGAUCACAUUUUUUCUCUCUACUUCAUGAUUCCCUUUUUUUUUACCACGCUGGGGCUGUUUUACCACAACUGGUACCCGUCUCAAGUGUUUGUUGGGGACACCUUCUGCUACUUUGCCGGCAUGACCUUUGCUGUGGUGGGGAUCUUGGGACACUUCAGCAAAACAAUGCUGCUUUUUUUCAUCCCACAAGUGCUCAACUUCCUCUACUCAUUGCCUCAACUCUUUCAUGUCAUUCCUUGUCCCCGUCACCGGCUGCCAAGGCUCAAUCCUAGCACAGGGAAGUUGGAGAUGAGCUACACCAAAUUCAAAACUAAGAGCCUCUCUGCCAUGGGAAUAAACAUUCUGAAGGCCGUCAAGAUCUUGCAUAUAGUAGACGUGAGGAGUGGAACAGAUGAAGAUGGCGAAUAUACCGAGUGCAAUAAUAUGACCCUUAUUAACUUUGUUAUAAAGCUGAUUGGACCCACCCACGAGCGAAGUCUCACUCUCCUGUUGCUGCUCAUUCAGGUCCUGGGCAGCACCAUUGCAUUCUCAAUCCGGUACCAACUAGUGCGUUUGUUUUAUGAUGUCUGACUGGGCUGCCAGGAACAGAGGAAAGACUUGUACCCGCCAGUCGAUUUUCUCCAGUUGCUGACCAAAUGAUGCAACUCAUCUUACUCUGGCCCUCCAACAACCUCAGGACACUUGCCAACGUGCAACUACUCUGCAGGGGCCACUCUUGAACCAUAAUAGUCUUUCUAUUUUUCUUGUGCCCAGAAGGCUUUUGUCAGAUUCUACUGACAGAAAAGAUUCCCUGCUACUUGGACAUCACUGUUACUGGGAAUGCCUUUAGGGGAGAAGUAAAUGAUCCACAUGUGGGAAAGAUGAAAUCUCUAUGCAUCUAACAAGCACGUUAGGGUUCCCCUGGAGAGAAAAUUGAGAGCUUCAAUUUCUGCGAGACUCCCUACAGCAGAACAAGUAAGCCAGAAUCGUCUCCGGGCUUCACCAAUCCUGUCUUCGGUCCAUGGACACAGAGUGAGAUGUUAUAAACUAUACCCAGAGCUUGGAGCUCUCCAGAAAUAAAACAGCUUGUGUUACCCUU